AUGUCAGAAGAAUUGAGAAAACUAGUAGCCCGCAGGGGUCAAAUAAAAUCACAAUUAACGAGAUUCAUAGGGUUCAUUGAGGAUACAGCAAAUCAUUGCAAAUUAACAGAAAUUGCAACUCGUUUGCAGCGCAUUGAAUCCUUUUACGACGAAUUCGAUAAUAUCCAAUCUCAAAUUGAAAUAUUGGAUGAUGAUUCGUCACAGCAUGAUGAAAGAAAUCUAUUCGAAAACAAAUAUUUUCUUAUUGUUUCGAAAGCAAGAGAUCUUUUAUGUAAACCUACUCCAGGUGCAUCGUCUUUUCAUCAAGUCAAUGAACCAAAUAUUAAUUGUAAUGUAAAACUUCCGCAGUUGUCAUUGCCUGAAUUUAGUGGAACAUAUGAUAAAUGGUCUAAUUUUGCAGACACCUUUACAUCACUUAUUCAUAGUUCCAGUUCCAGUUUUAGUUUGUCCGAUACCCAAAAGUUUAACUAUCUUCAAUCAUGUUUGAAGGGUGAUACAGCCAAGGUCAUCGAUUCCUUGGAGGUGAAUGCAGUAAAUUAUCCAGUGGCGAGAAAUUUGUUGAAG